GGAAGACAGAAAACCGAUGGAGAAAAAAACCAAAACGCCGCCUCUUCCUCUCAGCGCGCAAUUACAGACCAUGCCGAGGAAUCCAGAGCGCUCCCCUCCCCCCCGGAGUGUGAAGAGGAGGAGGAAGGUGGCAAUCAUGGAAGAGAAGGAGGAAAGGAUGACAAAGAAAGGGAGGAAGGAGCUAAUGAAGGAGAGGAAGCACACAAUGGAGAGCUGAGAUGAAGGAGUGUUUUGUGUGUGUGAAGCGAGGUUUUUGAUUGGCCCAGGCCGCCGAAAGAAGACUGGAACAGAGGAGGAGAGGAAGGCUGCAGAGAAUACAAAGAGCAAGUGUGUCAGAGAGAGUGUGUGUGAGGCGUCCAGAGGUGUGUGUGUGAGUGUGUGUGUGAGUGCAGCAGCAAGCAAAAAGCCAAGAGGAGGAGGAGGAAACCUGAUCCCACUCCCUCUCCCCGUCUGCCUGUGUGGAGCUCUCUCAUCGUCCUCAGCAUCGCUGCUAGCUUAGCCCGGCCCGGUUUGGACCCGGUUCGGACCCCCGGCGCGCCGGGAUGGAGCGGUUCCUGGCCCUGCUGCGCCUCCUGAGCCGGAGGCGGCGAGGGAGGCGGUACCGGGCGGACGACGACUACCAGGAAGGCUACGAAGACGUUUACUACUACACCAGCAAGUACAACACACACCUUCUGAAUGAAGGGCCGUACACGAAGCACUCGGCCGGGUCGCGACCUCCAGACGGAGCGCUGGCCAUCAGGAGGCAGAGUAUUCCAGGGCCCUGUUUUCCAGAUGAGUUUCGGGGCUGCACGGUGGUGGAGCUGAUGAAGAAGGAGGGAACGACGCUCGGACUCACCGUUUCAGGAGGAAUCGACAAAGACGGAAAGCCUCGGGUUUCGAACCUGCGACAAGGAGGGAUCGCUGCCAGGAGUGACCAGCUGAAUGUGGGCGACUACAUCCGCUCGGUCAACGGCAUCAACCUGGCCAAGUUCAGACACGACGAGAUCAUCAGCCUGCUGAAGAACGUCGGGGAGCGCGUGGUGCUGGAGGUCGAGUACGAGCUGCCGCCCGUCUCUGUGCAGGGGUCAGGGGUCAUUUUUAAAAAUGUGGAAGUGACGCUUCACAAAGAUGGGAACAGCUUCGGCUUCGUCAUCAGAGGAGGAACGCAUGAGGACAGGAAUAAGACCCGCCCCAUCGUCAUAACAACCGUCCGGCCGGGCGGACCCGCCGAAAGAGAAGGAACGAUCAAGCCGGGCGAUCGGUUGCUGAGCAUCGAUGGGAUUCGCCUGCAUGGCAGCACGCUGUCGGAGGCCAUGAGCAUCCUGAAGCAGUGCGGCCAGGAGGCCACGCUGCUCAUCGAGUACGACGUGUCGGUGAUGGACUCGGUCGCCACGGCGUCGGGGCCCCUGCUGGUUGAGGUCGCCAAGGCGGCGGGAUCCAGCCUGGGCGUGGCGCUGUCCACCUCCAUGUUCUGCAGCAAGCAGGUCAUCAUCAUCGACAAAGUCAAACCAGCCAGCAUAGCAGACAGGUGUGGCGCUCUUCAUGCCGGGGAUCACAUUCUGUCUGUUGACGGGAAGUCGAUGGAGUUCUGUUCUCUGGCUGAAGCCACUCAGCUUCUCUCUGCUUCCUGUCAAACUGUCCGCAUGGAGAUUCUGCCACAGCACCAGGCCCGACCGGCCCUGAACGCACCGCAGCACGUCAAGGUGCAGCGUAGUCCCCGCCCCCUUCCCUGGGAAACUGGAGGCUCCGCCCCCAUCCUCCCUCCCUACCACUACAACACCUACCACCCCGACCAAUCAGGCGCCAGAUCCCACAACCGCCAUACAAACAACCCUCCUCUCAGCCACUCGUUCUCUCCCGGCUCCAUGUCGGCCUACAGCCUGUCGUCCCUCAACAUGAGCACUCUGCCCAGGAACAUGUAUCCCACCAGUCCGCGCAGCACCAUGAUGAGGAGGAAGGCCAAGAAGAAGGACUUCAAAAGCUCCUUGUCUCUGGCCUCCAGCACGGUCGGCCUCGCCGGUCAGGUCGUCCACACGGAAACCACAGAGGUCACGUUGUUGGGCGACGGCAUCAUGGGGUUUGGCCUGCAGCUCCAAGGCGGAGUCUUUGCGACGGAGACGCUGUCGUCGCCGCCGCUCAUCGCCUACAUUGACCCGGACAGCCCUGCAGAGAGGUGUGGCAUCCUGCAGAUCGGUGACAGGAUCCUGUCGAUUAACGGCGUCCCGACCGAAGACUCGACCUUGGAGGAAACCAACCAGCUGCUCAGAGACUCGUCCAUCACGGCGCAGCUCACGCUGGAGAUCGAGUUUGACGUGGCAGAGUCCGUCAUUCCCAGUUCCGGGACGUUCCAUGUGAAACUCCCAAAAAAACCAGGAGUGGAGCUGGGAAUCACCAUCAGCUCUCCGUCCAACAGGAAACCAGGCGACCCUCUGAUCAUCUCCGACAUUAAGAAAGGCAGCGUCGCUCACAGAACGGGAACCUUGGAGCUGGGAGACAAGCUGCUGGCCAUCGAUAACAUCCGGGUGGAGAACUGCUCCAUGGAGGAGGCCGUGCAGAUCCUCCAGCAGUGUGAGGAACUCGUCAAACUCAAGAUCCGCAAAGACGAAGACAACUCUGAUGAGCAGGAAGUGUCCGGCAGCAUCAUCUACACAGUGGAACUGCAGCGGUACGGUGGCCCGUUAGGAAUCACCAUCUCCGGCACCGAGGAGCCCUUUGACCCCAUCAUCAUCUCCUCGCUGAGCAAAGGAGGGCUUGCUGAGAGGACGGGGGCGAUCCACGUGGGCGACCGCAUCCUGGCGAUCAACAGCAGCAGCCUGAAGGGGAAGCCUCUGAGCGAAGCCAUCAGUCUGCUGCAGCAGGCGGGAGAGACGGUCACUCUGAAGAUCAAGAAGCAAGGAGAGCUGUCGAGCCCAAAGACCUGUGUGAUUGGUCCAGGCCUGGGGGCGGGGCUUAACCUGGAUGGCCAGGAUGGGGAGGAGGAGCCUGUCAUCACUGUGGUGCCUCCGACCAAUCAGAGAGCGUUCAGCACGCUGCCAUCAGUGGACAGCGCCGUGGACUCCUGGGACGGGUCCAACAUGGACAGCAGCUUCUCCACGACAGCUCCGCCUUUUCAGUCGUACAGCUUCCAUGAGUGGCGCGGCGUCAAGACGACCAACAGCCAAUCGUCCGCCAGGCAGAGAGCCAAUCCGCUGUCGGAUCUGGGACUGAGCGACGACGACUGGGACCGCCCGCCGCUCGGAGGUGGCUCUAAUCUGCCCAGUGGAAAAAUCACUGACAGCAGGUUCUCCGUGGGCCACGACGGAACCGAACCCGACCAGGAGGAGAACUUCUGGUCUCAGGCGCUGGAGGACUUGGAGACGUGCGGUCAGAGCGGCAUCUUACGAGAGCUGGAGGCAACCAUCAUGUCGGGCUCCACGCUCAGCCUGAACCAUGACCCCACGCCGCUGCGCAGCACGCUGGGUCGCCAGUCCAGCUUCCAGGAGCGAAACAGCUCCAAACCGCAGGUGAACCCGCGCUCCAACACCUUGCCCUCUGACCCCCAACGCAGAGCCUUUGCGAUGAAAAAGAUGAGGCAAGAAGUGAACGACAUCCUAAACCAGAACCCUGUGGAACUCCAUAAGCUCACCUUGGAGAAGACCUCAGACCUGGAGGAUUUCGGAUUCAGUGUCUCAGACGGACUGUUGGAUCGUGGCGUUUACGUAAAUAACAUCCGACCAGGUGGGCCGGCCGAACAGGGCGGCCUCCGUGCCUAUGACCGAAUACUACAGAUUAACCACGUCCGGACCAGGGACUUCGACUGCUGCCUCGUCGUUCCGCUCAUCGCAGAGUCUCCAAACCGGCUGGAACUGGUCAUCAGCCGAAACCCCUCCUCUUCCUCCAGCGCCGCCCCGCUGGCCAACCACAACGACGGCAUGGCCAACAGCAGGCACUCCCCUCAGCCAAUCAGCGCGGAGGUGGGGCCGUCAGAGAUCUCUGUGGAACAGGUGGAAGACUGCGGUCCGAUCAAGUGGAACCAACCGGGAGACGUGUUGGGGGUGGGGCAGGUCACCAACAGCUCCUUAUAGCAGACAAGAACCGGAUCAAACUGGAAUCAGCCGCUUAUGACCAGAGUGGACUGGAGAGGUCAAUGGGGAAGCCAGUAAUAUAUAAUGGAAAUCAAACUGGUUUGCUUAAACUGGUUGAAAGUGGACCUCUCGUGGUGCUACACACACCCUCUGGAUGAACGUUGGCCUUUGACCUCUUAAGUUUGACCCUUGGAACUGCUGAAGCAGCUUAAAAGCACACCACUGGACUGGAAGAAGCCUCCUCACACCAUCACCAGAACCAGUUCAAGAUACUGGGCCAACUGAUCCCACUGGAGUCACAGCUGGAGCUACAGGAAUAAGUGGUUCCUUGAGUCCAAAGCCAAAGUUACUGGUCCAACCGAAGCCACGAAUGCAGCCAACAGCAUCUGCAUGAUCGAGACCCAAUGAAACCAGAACCACAUUGGAUGGUUUUAUUCUUUUGGGUCAAUGGUUCUUGGUUCUAGGAGCUCAACUCCGGACCUAUUGUCCUGCCUGUCUGGUGAAAGAUAUGUUGGUUCUGGUCUUGGUCAGAACUGCAGCCAGUGGGCUUCACUGGUCCAAGACAUUGAUUCUGGUCUUGGUUACAAAGCCUGGACCUCUCUUGUAAGCUGGCCAAAGCCACAGGUAAUGGGCUUACUGGUCCAAUCAGUCCAGAACCACCUGCUGGUUCUUGUUGUGGACUUUGUGGCCACUGCUUCAUGGCUUCUGGUUCCAGUAUCACGGCUUCGGGCUCUAGUGGUCACAGAACCACAGCAGCACAACUACUGACUGGGUUCAAGUCCUGAAUCCAGAACCCAACAAUAGAUAGAAAGGUUGCCAAGGAGACGAGGGAUGCUCCAAUCUGAGGGUCUAAAACUGAUUUUAUUUUUUUAAGACAACCUGAAGUAAAGACAUGAUUCAGUUUUAUCUUUAAUGAUCUGAAAUCGUUGGUUGAAAGUCAGACCAUAUCACCGCUAUUUGUUUCAGAAAAUCACUCUGGGCUUCAGGUUUCAAACGUUUUGGAUGCACCUGUUCAAAAUUAUAUUUAACCUUAAUGAAAAUAACCUUUCAAACACUGCUUAACAUUCUGGUGAGCACUAAAAGCAACCCAAGCUUGACUGAGUGAGGUUUCAGGUUAAGGAAGGCAGAGUUUCUGGGUCUGGCCGGGUCGGUGUAGGGUGUAUUCCCUACAGCCCUGUUUAGUCCGGUUUAAUUAAACUCUACUUUCUUUGUCUACGAACUCCGGUUUGUUUGGGAAGGUGUGAAUGCAUAUUCAAACUCUAAAAAGAAUCUGUCAGAUUUUCUGAAAUGUACAAUUUUUAGCUGAAAUAUUUCGAUUUGGACAUUUUGAAACAUGUUUCUGAAUCGGUUGGUACUGAUUGGAGCAUCCCUACCAACCCAGACACAAAGAUGGAGAAUUUACUGUAGGAAUUUUUAGUUUUGUGCCAUAAAUGAGCUGCUGAAGGAAAGAUACAGAGUAAUUAUGAUGAUGAUGACACUGAGCAGUUCAAUAAGAAUCUUUUUCUACGGUUUACAGCUGUUGGACUGGCCACACUGUGUAUGUCUGUGUGUAUGCGGACGUGUGUGUGUGUGUGUGUGUGUGUGUGUGUGUGUGUGUGUGUGUGUGUGUGUGUGUAUGUUACAAAUGAGGCCAGUUAACUCCGUUUCCUGUCUUGGCUUUACCCUAACGUCUCUCCUUCCCUCAACCAAUCAGCAGCCAGGGCGAGAGACGACGGCACAUUGGCUGAUUGGCUGGAACCAAUCAGAAAGCAAACAGUUCCCUUCCUGUGUGUGAUUGGUUAGUGUAUGUGUUGAGGAGAGCCAAUCAGCUCCCAGAAAAGAGGCCAAGCAUGCCCCCUCUCCCCUCCCUUUUCAAGCCCCAGUAACGGUGACCUAUUAUGCUAAUCAAUAAGUGUGAUUUUGAUUGACUGUUGUCAGUUCUCUGUUCGUUUCAGUGGCAACCAAACCUAAAAAGAUGUACAGAAGAUUAAAAAGAAAAAUGGUUGACGUCGCUGUUCACAUCUAGACCAUCAAAUCCCAGUAACCUUCACCUCAUAACCACAACAACGAUGUUACACGAGAAAAAAACCUGUCGAAUCAGGAAAACUGUGACAGUAAACACAUUUUCUGUGUGUUUGAGAGCGAAUGAUGUGUAACUGUUUACGUUGGAUGUCAGCAUCUUCCUGCUCUUCUCAGUCUGAACUCACUAUUUAAACUGGCCAAUCAGAACCCUCCCUCAGCAUCAACAACCAAUAGGAAUCCUCCCUGAGGGAUUAUUGACUGGUUGACUCUGAUUCUCUAAUCUGAAUAAGCACAUUACCUGAAGAUGGUUAGCAAACAUCGAGCACAUGGCUAACACAGCACAAAGGUAGUCAGGACUAGUUAAAUCACCUAGUAGAUUGUUAGUAAUCAAACCCAGGGCAAGCACGGCCAGUCUGUAACUAGCACAGACCUUGCACAAUGCCACAAUAGGGCUAAUGUUUACUAACUGAGCAGCUGAUUAGCAUGUGGCUUGCACAUUAGGUUUUGUACGGAUGCUUCUCAAAGUCAAGGAACUUCCUGAUCUUGAAUGUGAAAUUAAAUUAGAUCUGUUUUGAUGUCAAGGCUCCAUCAGAUCAUUAAAUAUCCCAAAAAGUGGCUGGUGGGUAACCAGUGGGCUAGCAAUUGGCUGAAUCUUUCAAGGGUUGAUGAAGUAGCCAAUGAAGGUUAUGAAAUGUAACCAUAAAUACAUCCUCUGAAAAGCAAGACUGUCAAGUUCACAGCUGCUCACUUCUGGUCUUUGCAGUCAACAAAGUACCCAGUUAUCAACUGGACAGGGCGGAUUCCUUGAAGGAUGUCUUUGUAACCACUAGCAUUACGUUGUAGGAUUACCUUUUUUCUAACUUUUAAGAGAAGAGGAACGAUGAAGUCUUUAGUGUGGCUGUGAAACUUUGAUGGUAGUUCAUGUGUUUUGUUGGACUAAAUGGCCACUUAGUUAAUUUGGUCCCAAUAAAACCAGAGUGAGAAGUUAGGUCACAUCCCAGAAACAAGUUUCACUCUUUCCAGUACUAUGGUUUCUGUCAUUACCUUCCUCUGUACGGUGGCUAAGCUCUGCUUUAGAGAUAAGGUGAUUAGGAAGAACUUGGAGUAGAGAAUCUGAUUCAUGGCAAAGAAGUCACCAAAGAUGGCAUGGGAAUUUUUUAUGAUACCUCCUAGACACUCUGCUUCGGAGCUAUCCUAACCACAUUCCACCUGGAUAAGAAUAGAUUAAGUCAACAUUCAGCAAUCCUCUCGGGCCAAGAGAUAUUGUGGAAGUUGUUUAGUGCCGAUGGACCUGGUGCCUCCUCAACCUGAUCUCAUUGACAGAUAUUCAUCCAUCAGUCACUUGCGUUCUGAAAACCUAAAACCUUUCCUACUGCUGGUGAAAAUCAAUAAGGCAGGUUUUCAAGCUCCUCUGUCAUCAUUACAACCAAUUUUUGUGUUACUUUGGUGUUGAGUGCCUUUGAUGAUAUUUUUAUUUUCUCAUUUUGUGUUAAAACAACACAUGCGACUGCCCUCUCAAACCUGGACUUCUGGCAGCUCCCUCGAUAGCUGAACAUUAAAUGGCUGUGAGAAAGAGUAGCACCUCUAAGUUUGAAUCUGGUUGUAAGAAUCUGCUUGUAAGAAGGCAAAGUGUGCAUUGCUACUUUGGAGUUUGAAAUGCCUGAAGCAGAGUGAAGUACUUCACCAUUCACUUAAAGUGGACGUCCACCGCACACAUCUGUGCAAAGGAACAUUUUUACGACCGUGUAUUUGUACUCUGUGUUGCUCAGGAGGCUAAGAGUUGGCACAAACUGUUGCAAGGAUGCACAGCCUGACUGUUGUGUCCUUUGCUGCACUGAAAGGUUUGUGGUUGCUUCCAGGGUGGAGAAGGAAUUGAGAAGGCAAUCAUCAGAUUGUCUGAAAUUAAGAAAUUUGUCACAAGAAGUAUAUGCAGUUGGUAUGCUUGCCUAUAAAAUCAUGAUCAACCGCGGAGCUUGCAUAGUCUGCGUUGUUCAUAGAUUGCGCACAAUAGGUCUGAGUAUGUGGGGGCCUUAGGUUCUGCUUUCCACUGAGUGCCUUUACGCUUCUGCCAUAUUUGCUGUGCCACUCUCAACACACUUCAAUAGAUAACAGAGAGUUGAGUCCAUUGGCCAAAGGCACCUCAAAAUGUGGUGGGAAGGGCUAGAAUUAAAUUCACAACCUUUUAUCUGCAAGGUGACUACUUUAACCUCAUUUAGGAAUUAGGUAGACUUGACAGUCUCUCCUUCUCUGCACAGAGCGACGCCACUUGAGAUGGUUUCAACAUCUUUGAUGCCUUUUACUGGAGAUUUUUGCUCGUGCCCCUGGAAGGAACCAUAAAGCACAGUCUCCAUGAUUUUGUGGAGAAAUUUCAACUAACUAAUAGGAAGAAGAAAAUAAAGGAAUACAACGAUGACAAAGAUGAACAUAGCAUCCUUGGGAAAUCCCUGACUUUGGAAAGCACCCGUAGGGUCAGCCCUAAAAAUUACGUUCUAAGAGUGAGAACAAUGAUAGGACCAAAUCUUGGCCUACACCACAAAGCAGGAUCAGUCAAACCUUCCUCACUUCUUACCAUGUUGUUUUAGUUGUUUUAUUUAUACAAAGAUAAAUAAAAGUUAUGGUUGGGAGGAGAAUCCAAGUUAAAAAUGGGUCACUUUCAUCAGUUUUACUGCCUUGGACAGCUGAAAAAAUGGUUCUGCUUCCAACUUACAAUGCAUAAUUUAGCACCAUAUUUUUUUUCCUUAUAAAAUCUGUAGCUUCAGCUGUGGAUGGGAUUGUCUUGGAUUUGUGAAACCAGCUUUGUAGUUGAGGCCAAGUUAUCCUGAAUGUUCAUGUACGAUUGGGAGGUAAAACGUGGCUAGUAUCAAUAUAUGCAAGCAUGGCAAACAAACCAGGCUGCCACAUGAACAGAACAUUAGCUAAGGGCAACAUUUUAGCACUCAGUCAACACAAACUUCUUGACCAAUGAGAACACCCACAGAACUGAGGGGCGUGGCUUCAGAAGGUUUGACAGUGAGGUCCAAAGCCAUACACACUGUGCUUGCGUGUAUGUAAAUAAAAAGUGUGUACGUAUGUUAGAGUGUGCGUUUGUAUUUGUGUGUAUGUGUGUGUAAUAUUGCAGGGAUUUGCACUCUGGUGAUUAACCUCAGCAAAACAUGUGCACACAGACACACACACACAUAUAUAUACACACGUGCACUGCACUGCCAUUUAAAAUAGUGGGUCAGAUUAGAUUCCAUGUAGCUUCACCAACCAACCAAACUGUAUUUUUCUUUUUCUUUAAAGGAACAGGGAUGUUGUAAAGUAUUUUUGUACAAAUUUAAUACUUUGGUAGCAUGACGUUCCUGGUGUUUGUCCUGGUCCUGUCGGGCUCCACUGAUCUACUCCACCCCCACCCCUUUGUAUGGACUACUACUGAGCAACAAUAAAGAUGAAAACCUACUGAAA